AUGUCGCUCUACUCUAAAUUUCUGAAGGAUAUGUUGACAAGGAAGAACAAAUACAUUCACAAUGAGAAUAUAGUAGUGGAGGGUAACGGUAGUGCAAUCAUUCAGAAGAUCCUUCCACCAAAACAUAAAGACCCUAUUCCUUGUUCAAUUGGUGAAGUCUCGGUGGGAAAAACUCUCAUUGACCUAGGAGCUAGUAUCAACUUGAUGCCACUCUCCAUGUGUAGAAGGUUGGGGGAGUUGGAAAUAAUGCCCACGAGAAUGACUUUACAGCUAGCUGAUCGCUCCAUAACCAGACCCUACGGUGUUAUUGAAGAUGUUUUGGUUCGAAUCAAACAUUUCAAUUUCCCAAUUGACUUUGUAGUGAUGGACAUAGAAGAGGACUCUGAGAUUCCCUUAAUCUUAGGGCGCCCCUUCAUGUUGAUUGCAAGUUGUGUAGUAGACAUGGGAAAGAAAAAGCUGGAGUUAGGCAUUGAUAAUCAGAAAAUCAGCUUUGACUUGUUUGAUGAAGAAAAACAUUUAUCGAACCAAAAUGUCUGCUUACAGGUGAAGGAGUUUGAUGAGAAGGUUCUGAAGGAGAGAACCAAGAUUGAUCCAGGAUAA